AUGAAUGUACGGCCGCCGAUAGAGGUCUCCACCCCAGAGGCCGUCCUCUCGGUCUCGUUUAACAACGACGCGAGCUGCUUCGCUGCCGGUCUUGACUCGGGCAUCUGCAUCUUUCACACAAAGUCAUGUCUCCUCAAGGCCUCAAGAGACUUCAACGCCGGCAUUGGUCUCGUCCAGAUGAUGGGCAUGACCAACUAUCUCGCCCUCGUUGGCGGAGGCAGGAAUCCCAAGUUUGCCAUGAACAAGGCUAUAAUAUGGGAUGAUAUGAAAGGAAAGGUGGCCCUGGAAAUCACAGCCUUGACAUCUGUCCGAGGCGUCCAACUUGGCCGAGAGCGCAUCGCUGUCGUCCUUCAGAACAGCGUCCGCGUCUACUCCUUCGCCAAGCCUCCAGACCUACUCCAUGUCUAUGAAACUGCCGAUAAUCUACUCGGCCUUUGCUGCCUCUCUGAAAAGAAGCUCGCUUUCCCCGGCCGAACACCCGGCCAGAUCAUGCUCAUCGAGCUGGCGACUGGCAACGUCAGUAUCAUCCCUGCGCAUUCCUCGGCACUCAAGGCCAUUGCUCUAAGCCCGGAUGGCGAACUACUGGCGAGCGCCAGCGAGAUGGGUACCCUUAUUCGCGUCUAUUCGACAAGCAACUGUGCCAGGCUCGCCGAGCUACGCCGUGGCAUUGACCCAGCCACCAUCUUCUCCCUAGCCUUCUCGCCCUGCAACACCAUGCUUGCCUGCACUUCGGACAAGUCUACACUUCACAUAUUUGACGUUGCCCAUCCACGACGGCCGGCCAUGAACCGGAGCCAGCAGCUCGGUGGUUCUGGGUCGGACCCUGGAGACGGCACGGGGAAGUGGGGAAUUCUCAGCAAGAUCCCUCUGAUGCCUCGAGUCUUUUCAGAUGUCUACUCCUUCACAUCGGCGCCUUUCGAGGCCGGCGACGAGACCAUGAUAGGAGGCAUCCCCUUCUCGGAGGGCCUUGUACUUGGUACAUCACAACCACCAAAGGGCGUCAUUGGCUGGAUCGGCGAGGAUAGCUUGGUGGUGAUCGGAGCAGGACACGACGCACGAUGGGAGAAGUUUGUCAUUGUAAAUGGCGAGGACGGUAAGCGACACUGCGUGAGGGAAGGCUGGAAACGAUAUCUGGGCAAUAGUUAA